CACUGAUAGGCGGCACUGACUGGCACUGAUAGGUGGCACUGACUGGCAUUGAUAGGUGACACUGAAAGGCAGCUCAGAUGGGCACUGAUAUGUGGCAUUGAUGUGCACUGAUAGGCACUGAUAUGUGGCAUUGAUGUGGCACUGAUGGGCACUGGCAGGUGGCAUUGAUUAGCACUGACAGCUGGCAUUGAUGGGCACUGACAGGUGGCACUGCUGGGGCUACACUGAUCAUCAGGGCACACUGAUCAUCACUGUCAGCGUGACAGCUCGUGAGGUGAGAAAUGCUGAUAACCGGCAUUUCCCUAUUUACAUGCGAUCAGCUGUG